CCGAAGGAGCAGCAUCGUCGUGGCCGCCCACGCAUCGUCCUUUACCGUUACUGCUGUGGGCUCGGUUCAGUUCCGAUUAGUUCGCCAUUCGCAUAAGAACCAAUACCAAACCGCUUGGUUUUUUUCAUACCAACGCGAACUAGACAAUGCAAUGAUGUAUAUCUGCUAGUGUUAUAGACGUGGAUUAAUUCUAGCCCGAAAACGAAACCCAUACAAGUGCUCGCUGCAAAGUUCGCAAUUAAAAUUGCAUUAAAAUUGCAUUAAAAUUUAAACGAAUUGCGUGUGUGUGUCUGUGUGAUGCGGAAAGUUGCGGCAGCGCCAAAUUGGAAAAAGUUAAAUGAUUAAAGCGCCAAGUUUGGCGAAUUAUGUGAAAGUUUUAAUUCGUAGCGAACACAAUGUUCCGGUGAAAUUGCCAUUGGCGGAAAACGAGCUGAAAAUCAAAUCAAGCUUUGAUUUAUCGCUGAUUGGUUCCUGCUUGGCUGUUUGGCAGGCCAUUUGAUUCCGCACACAAAAACAAGAAGUCCCAGACGAACUUGUGUGUAUGUGUUCCACAUAGGUACACUACAAUACAUAGCUCUUGGGAUAACGAGCCAGGGCAGGCAGAAGAAGACGACCAACCCAGAUUCGCAAAGUUCGUGCCAUAAAUCUGCAGUUUGCAUGGAAUUAAUGCCCAACUUAAAGGGAGGGGCGGUAUAUGCAACACACAUUACUGGGUCACUCGAAGAUGAUGACGCUGCUGACCGAAGGCGGAACAACAAGAACCGGAGCAGGAGCCACUCGUGUUGGGGUUAAAUUAUAUAAAAUUAUCAUGCAGCGCAGGCAGUUUGCUAGUUGGCCACUCGAAAGCGGCAGGCGGGCCUUGGCUAAACAUCAUCAGCGACCGGCGACGUAUACGUAAUGUGCGCCAUGACGUAUACGUAAUGUGCACCAGGGUUUUGGUCAAUUUGUCCAUGGAAACACAAAACCACUAAGCCAAACGGAAACAAAAACGAAAAUAAAAACAAAAGCGAAAACAGAAACUCGAUCCAAACUAAACACACACAAAACUGUUAACGACAUCAACGAAACUUCUCGGCCAAAUGGCGAAAGUUGUUAAACAAUUGCGAAUGUGUUGAGAAGACAAGAAGACCGUGUGCGCCGUUCCGAAAAUGACAAAAUGGCGAAGUUAACGUUGCCUUGUCUUCUGCGGCGACUGCAGCUGGUGGCGCUGCAACUGCAACUGCCACUGCAGCCACAACAACAGGAACCGGAGCAACAUCAUCAGCAACAGCAACAGCAGCAGCAACAACAUCCACACGGCUGCCACUUAAUGGCCAUGCAGCUGGGCCAGGCCAUGCUCCUCUACGGCUGCCUCCUGCUGCUCCACGCCUCCGUGUCCGCCUCUGUCCUGGCCUCGUCCUCCGACUCGACCGCCAUCCCGGUCCUGGUGAAUCUGAAUCUCUCCUCCGCCGUGCACGCCUCGGAGGGAUCGGAACCUCUGCCGCGGCAUGAGCAACUCGAGAAGCGCACGCGGAAACGCGAUGCUGCCAAUGUGCCUGAAGAUGACGAAUAUGGCAGUUAUCCGGACGACGUCGACGAUUUGGAGGCCUUGCUUAAUAAUAAGUCAGCUAAGGGGAAAUACAUAGGAGCGCCUUGCAACGAGCUGAAGUGUGACGUCAAGCUGCUGCACGUGUCCUGCGACAAGGAGUCACAGACCUGCAGCUGCGAGCGCAAUUAUCCUGUGCAGCUGGGACUGAUUAAGGGCUGCGCCAAGCCUAAAAAACUGGGCGACCAGUGUUUCUACGACGAGACUUGCAUCUACAACGACGAGAACUCCCUUUGUGUUCAGGUGCGGCACAAUGCGAUGUGCCAGUGUGCCAGCGGAUUUCAUUCCGUGAGCUAUGUGAAGCCAACGCGUCGCAUCUUUUGCACUCCAGAUCUCAGCGAACUGAGUUCGGAUUUGCCCACUUUGCUGGGCGUCUCCACGGGCAUCGCAGUCCUGGCCGGUCUCAUCUGCAUGGUGCUGCAUCUGUUCAGCAAGACGAAGUAUCCGCGGCAUCGAAACUACGGAGACGCCAGCAUUCCGCCGCCCAUUCUAUACUCCAGCGACACAGGGAUACCGCUCACUGUUCACUCGGCGCGUCCGUCGUCGCGUUCCAGUAUCCGGUCGACGGGAUCGAUUGGCUCCUUUGGCAACCGACGCGCCUCGGCCGGCGGAACUGCUGCCGGCGGAGGCGUGGCUGGCGGCGGUGGCGGAGGCGGAGGAGGAGGAGGAGGAGGAGGAGGAGGAGGCGCGGCGUCGGGAAGCGGCGGCUCGAAGGGCAUCCUGGUGUCGACGUCUCGAACAGGUUCUCGAAGACCAAGUCUAGCGUCGGUGCACAGCACCAGUUCCUCGGUGCGCAGCUACAGCAUGAUGCGCUUCGAGAAGGAGACGCAGCAGAAGGAGAUCCGGCAGGAGAUGAAGCUGCGACUGGCCCGUCUGCAACAGCAGCAGCACCUCACGCAGAACAAGCCACAGAUCGUCAUCGGCGAGGCCCUGAUGCAGCAUGGCGCCCUCAGUCGCGUCACCAUGGCCACGCCCAGUCCCCUUACGCCCAAUUCGCUGGACGAACUGCUGCCGUCCCUGGAUGAAAAUCAGGAGUAUCCUCCCAGGCUGGAAACGACGUUCAAGCAUCUUAUACAGCCUCAGGUUAAAGGAGCAGGCGGUUCCCCCGGAAUUGGGGCCGCAUUGAGAGCAGCUGCCUCCCAGUCGUCCCCGGAAAGUUCGAACGGAUACCAUGGACCGUGCAGCUCCUCGACUGAGGCGCUCUAAAAUUAGUUCCAGCUUAAGUAGGCCCGACUAGUAAAUUAGCUCGUAAGUAAUCGAAGUUUUCUCAUCUAAUUUGCGUAGUAGGCAAAGGAGUUGCGUUAAAAGCUCGUUGCUAAUUAAAUUGAAUUCAAAUUGAACGUCAAACGUGUUGUAGUCAGCUUAGAUUAUGUGUAACAUAGUAAGUAAACCAGCUAGGUUAAGCCUAGAACUAAUAAUAAUAAUAAUAGGCCAUAAGUGAGUUCCCAAAUUAGGCAGCCUUUGUGUGUAUCAUAAUACGUAGGAGAUAAUCGAAACAUUUUAUACUUGUGUGUAUAUUGUCAUACAAUUUUUGUAGAAGUUAUACAAGCGAGAAUCCAGCUAAUGAGAAAAGGCAGGCCAGGCCAAGUGGAUGGGGGAGAAUUGAGAAGAAAGCCCGGUUAGAAUUGCUGCUGAAGAAUUGAUAUAUGUACCACUUGGCUUUCAUUUAUUUAGAUCAACAUGAAUUGACUAGCAUAAAUUAGUCUAGUGUUUAUCGUUAGUGUGAGAUAGUACUGAUAAAAUAUACGCAAGAUGAAUUUAUACAAAAUCGGUUUAUACAACAGUAGUUUCUUGUACAUUGUACUCACGAUGAUAUCUGUAUCGGAAUAUGCCAGAUUGUUCUAGCUAAAUCAAUAAUUAUGUUAAGCCAUCGCCACGAAAUAAAUCAAAAGUGUUAAUAGAUCAAUGUAAGACAAUGUAAGUGAGCAGACUAGGGAUAUUUUUGUUCUUUGUAGGAAUAGAAGUCUCUAAUGCAUAUUCCGAAUGUCGGAAGUGCAUAGUCAAUUUUAGUUUACGACUUACGAAUUUUUCUACAGAGGCGUUUCAAGUGAAUACAAUAAUCGAAAAUGUGUAGAACAAAUGUACAUUACUUAAUCGAUGGUUAUAUUAUUUAAUAUUUGAUACCAAGGUUGUUGACUGUAGUUGAUGUUCUCUACAUCGUUUGGUUCCAUGAUUUAUUGUAUCCUAUCUAUAGAUCCGUUCUCAAUAGUACGAAAUACAGCAGCUAUAAAGAUCGUUACAUAUACACCUAUACAAGCAUAUACAUAAGUGUAUGCAUAUUUGUACUUAACUAUGCUAUACAUACGAUGAGUAGACACAUAUCUGGAGUUCAGUGUUGGUUGAUGUUGGGAGUAUA